AUGGAACCCAUCCGCGCCCGUAAACGACCCACUCCGGCGCCGGCAGCAGAAAGGUCGCUCCGGUCUGCCGACAAGGAGGCCUCCGACCGCACCCAGCUCGCCGGUUUCACAGAUCUGCCCGCAGAAAUCCACCUUCUCAUUUCCAAGCAACUCAUCUACCCCGACGCCCUCUCACUGAAACACACCAGCAGCUACUUCUACUACCUCGUUGACACGGGCGUACGACUCAAGGUUGAGUGGCUGAUGGAGCGCCGCAUGCUUCAUCUUGAGUGUCCAAACGAUAAACGGUGUGACCUUGGCAGCGACCUACGUUUCUGUAGAGGCAGUGUCCCUACUACCCGCGCUUUUAUACGCGCCUAG